AUGCCCUUCAGCGCCGCACGCACCGCCUACAACUGCUGGUUCUACGGCGACCUCUUCUGCCACCUUCACACGUGGCUCGACUUCUCCACCUGCACCUCCUCCAUCGCCAACCUAGCGUGCAUCUCCCUCGAAAGGUACGCGUCCAUCGCCGAGCCCCUCCGCUACCGUCAGAUGGUGACGCCACGUGUCCUGGCCGCCAUGCUGCUCCUCUCAUGGUCCGGCCUCCCCCUGUACGGCGCCACCUUCAUGCUGGGCUGGAACCUCGUGGGCAUCAAGCGCCAGGUGGCCGAGUCGAGCUGCCGGCACGACUGUCGCGUCUACAUGAACCCGGCGUCGACCGCCACAAACGUCCUGGUGGCCUACGUGACGCCGAUGCUGCUGAUGAUCAUGGCGAACGCGAAGAUUCACCGGCUCGCCCGGGCCCAGGUGAGAAGGAUCGAGGGUUCGGCGAUGGUCUCGGGGCGGGACGACCGUGCCUCGACGAAGCGGGAACACAAUGCGACCCAGACACUCGGCAUCAUCACGGGUACGUUCAUUCUGCUCUGGAUGCCCUACUUCAUCUUGGUGGCGAGCGAGCCACUGCUGGGCUACGGGACGAGCCGAGCUGCCUGGGAGGUGGUGUGCUGGCUUCCUUACCUCAACUCGGCCGUCAACCCGGUCCUGCUGAUGGUCUUCAACCGCUCGUUCAAUGGAGCCUUCAGGUUGGUGCUGAAGGGCGGGGUCUUAAAGUCCAGUUUCUACUUCUACAAAAUGGACGUCUCCAAGGAGCUUCUUUACACUGGUGGCAGCGGUGUGAUUCAGUCUACGUGGAUGAACAAGGCAGCCCGGCAUGCGUUGGUGGCGGAGCGGAUGCAAGGCCUCAUCCAAGGUAGUGGCAUUGUGCUAACGAUUGUGCCAGAGAGCGACCACAUUUCGAUGUGGUUCGCGAAGCGCCUUCCGAGAACACGAAGAAGCAAGAGCGCUAUUUCAGGUGGCGACACAGGUGACAGAAACGACGGAGAGCGGAGGAGCCAGAGGACCAACGGAACCGACAGGAGCAGCGACAACAGCGGCCCCCACCAGGUCUAG